AUGUGUAUAUGCCGACGUAUGCCAAAGAAGGCCUGCAGCGAGGCUAAUAAUGACCUAUUCCAAGCUCCUUCAGACGGCACUUUACCAAUGCUCUACAAGACCUGCCACUUGGUCGAGGUGAUACUGGCACGUGAAUGUCCAAGUGUGUUUAACAUCUUCCGAUUGUCCGGUUUUCCUGCUUCCCAAGUUAUCUAUCAUUGGUUUUCACAGUGUCUGUGGAAUUAUCUUGAUUGGUCUGGCGUAUUAGACUACCUCUUUGUCGUCAUGCUUCAUGGACCCGCAUAUCAGGUCUUCAUGGGAGUUGCCCUGCUCCGCUAUAUUGGGCCUUGUCUGCGACGAGCAAUGCAAGAGGAGCCUAUCUACGGCUUCAACAUAACCGAGCAUUUAUCGUUUUUGCACAAGCUGAAUGCGACAUAUGGUGUUCAGGUUAACGAGGCACUAAAGCGACCACUUGAGAUUUCCUGA